AUGGAUACAGAGUCGCAACCACUUCCAGCUGACAACGGGCAAAAUUCUAUCGCGAAGCGCACGGCUUCCGAAGAAGAGGAUGCCACUCAUGAGGCAAAGCGAAUCAAAAGCCUUCAUAAUGUAUCGACAGAACCGGCUGUUAAACUUUCACCUGUUAUCCGGAGGGUUCCUUUUCUAGAGAAGCCUGCAGUUUUGGAAGAACGAAACGGCGAGAUCGAAUUCCGAGUCGUCAACAACAAUAGCUCCAGAGAGAGUACAAUCAUCCUUACAGGUCUCAAAUGCCUGUUUCAAAAACAGCUUCCAAAAAUGCCCAAAGAUUACAUUGCACGUCUCGUCUACGAUCGCGCUCAUUUAUCUAUGGCCAUUGUCAAAAAGCCUUUGGAGGUCAUUGGCGGAAUAGCAUAUCACGAAUUUCGGGAUCGCAAGUUUGCCGAAAUCGUUUUCUGCGCGGUCUCAUCUGAUCAGCAGGUGAAAGGAUAUGGAUCCCACCUGAUGAAUCAUUUAAAGGAUUAUGUCAAAGCUACUUCCCCAGUGAUGCAUUUUCUAACAUACGCGGACAAUUAUGCAACCGUCGAUUUGAUGGGGUAUAUCAAGGAUUACGAAGGAGGAACACUUAUGCAAUGCACUAUGCUGUCCCGGAUACGGUAUCUUGAAGCAGGCCGUAUGCUUCUUAAGCAGAAGGAAGCUGUUCAGGCUAAAAUGCGUCUUUUGAGCAAAAGCCACACAGUCCAUCCACCGCCUCAGCAACGGGCCAACGGACCCGUGACUCCAAUCGAUCCACUCUCUAUUCCUGCCAUUCGGGCAACUGGCUGGUCACCAGAAAUGGAUGCAUUAGCGCGUGAGCCACGCCACGGGCCUCAUUUUAACGAGCUUCGUCGUUUUUUGAAUCACAUUCAAAACCACAAACAAGCAUGGCCUUUCCUACGCCCGGUUAAUAAGGACGAAGUCCCUGAUUACUACAAUGUCAUUGAAUCGCCAAUGGAUUUGUCGACUAUAGAAGAAAGGUUGGAACGUGACCAGUAUGCUGCGCCGAAAGGCCUUAUCGACGAUCUCAAAUUGAUUUUUAGUAAUUGUCGGCGGUAUAACGAUGCCACAACAGUAUAUGCCAAGUGUGCAGCCAGGCUAGAAAAGUACGUGUGGAGUCUUAUCAAGGAGAUUCCCGAAUGGUUUAACCUACUUGAGGAAUAA